GCAUGCAGCGCACAUGCGAGUCGAUGAGAAGUUAACGCAGAACGGGACCAAGGGGGCGUACUCGUGGCGAGCUCCGAUCCUUGUCGAGGUCUUGGAGCAGCACCAGUGCAUGCUCUGGCUGGAUGCCGGCCUGGAGAUCAGAUCUGACCUCUCAGUCGUCAUUGGGCAUAUCGCCGUGGACGGGAAUUUCUUCGUGACCAACGGUUGGCCGAGUCCGAACCGCUUCACGCAUCCGGCGGUGGUUGAGUGGCACGGGCUGAAGGAGAAGGACUUCUUCCUGCCCGACCCCACAGGCACUGGCAUGAGAAACGAGAUCGAGGCGUGCGGGGGAAUCCAAGGCUAUCGGCGAGGGAGCCUUGCGCACAGGGAGGUUCUGUCAGGAUAUUACAUAUGCCUCAUGGAUCCGACCUGCAUCGCGCCUCCGAACGCGUCAAAGAUGAAUUUCCGCCAAGACCAGACUGUCUUGAACGUCGUGCUGGCAUCUUACAGGCUGAAGAUCCCGCUGGAUUCUCCCGAGUACUUCAUCCUUCUUCCGCACACAGCAAGGAAGUAUUGGGAGCACCCUAUUCCGAAGCAUCAGUUUCCUGUUCACGAGGACGGGACUUUCCGCCCUUGUGACAAGGGAGAGAUCUUCAAAGACAACAAGUGUGUGAGGUGUGAGGCUCAGGACGGCAUGUGCGAGGAUGAUGUCUUGGAUGAAGCAGAUGGAGCAGAAUACUGCGAGGAUCUCGUCAUCUUCAUCAGGAGAGCGUUCGAGCCGAAGCUGUUUGAGGACAAGUUGCGGUACAGACUGAUAGGAGGCAUAUAAUACAAAAUCAUGAUCG